UUGCGCAGGUGCCACGGUCUCAGGACACACUGAAUAAUAAUUCUCUGGGCAAAAAGCACAGUUGGCAGGAUCGGGUGUCUCGAUCAUCCUCACCCCUGAAGACAGGGGAGGAGACACCACGGCAUGAACACAUCUGCCUGAGCGAUGAGCUGCCCCCCAGAGCAGCCCCGCCCCCACCACAGAUCGAGGCACCUCCACCAACAGCCCUUGCCCCGCAGCACAGCCACCCAGAAGGCAUCUCCGGGUAGUCACCCUGCUGCCCCGCCUGGGGGUCGGGGCCACUCGCAUCGAGACCGAAUACAUUACCAGGCCGAUGUGCGACUAGGGGCCACUGAGGAGAUCUACCUGACCCCAGUGCAGAGUCCCCCAGACCCUGCAGAGCCCACCUCCGCCUUCCUGCCGCCCACCGAGAGCCGGAUGUGGGUCAGCUCCGAUCCAGACCCUGCCGCCUACCCCUCCAAGGCAGGGCGGCCGCACCCCUCCAUCAGUGAAGAGCAGGAGGUCUUCGGCUGCCUGUCGUCCCCAGAGCGGGCUGAGCCCCCGGGCGGAGGGUGGCGGGGGAGCCUGGGGGAGCCGCCGCCACCUCCACGGGCCUCUCUGAGCUCGGACACCAGCGCCCUGUCCUACGACUCUGUCAAGUACACGCUGGUGGUAGAUGAGCACGCGCAGCUGGAGCUGGUGAGCCUGCGGCCGUGCUUCGGAGACUACAAUGACGAGAGUGACUCGGCCACCGUCCACGACAACUGUGCCUCCGUCUCCUCGCCCUAUGAGUCAGCCAUCGGAGAGGAGUAUGAGGAGCCCCCCCUGCCCCAGCCUCCUGCCUGCCUCUCCGAGGACUCCACGCCUGACGAACCCGACGUCCAUUUCUCCAAGAAGUUCCUGAACGUCCUCACGAGUGGCCGCUUCCGCUCCUCUAGUGCCGAGUCCUUCGGGCUGUUCUCCUGCAUCAUCAACGGGGAGGAGCAGGAGCAGACCCACCGGGCCAUAUUCAGGUUUGUGCCUCGACACGAAGACGAACUUGAGCUGGAGGUGGAUGACCCUCUGCUAGUGGAGCUCCAGGCUGAAGACUACUGGUACGAAGCCUACAACAUGCGCACUGGUGCCCGGGGCGUCUUUCCUGCCUAUUACGCCAUCGAGGUCACCAAGGAGCCCGAGCACAUGGCAGCCCUGGCCAAAAACAGUGACUGGGUGGACCAGUUCCGGGUGAAGUUCCUGGGCUCAGUCCAGGUUCCCUAUCACAAGAGCAAUGACGUCCUCUGUGCCGCUAUGCAAAAGAUUGCCACCACCCGCCGGCUCACCGUGCACUUUAACCCGCCCUCCAGCUGUGUCCUGGAGAUCAGCGUGCGGGGUGUGAAGAUAGGUGUCAAGGCCGAUGACUCCCAGGAGGCCAAGGGGAAUAAAUGUAGCCACUUUUUCCAGUUAAAAAACAUCUCUUUCUGCGGAUAUCAUCCAAAGAACAACAAGUACUUUGGGUUCAUCACCAAGCACUCCGCCGACCACCGGUUUGCCUGCCACGUCUUUGUGUCUGAAGAUCCCACCAAAGCCCUGGCAGAGUCCGUGGGGAGAGCAUUCCAGCAGUUUUACAAGCAGUUUGUGGAGUACACCCGCCCCACAGAAGAUAUCUACCUGGAGUAGCCGCGCAGCCCUGCCCUCUGCGUCCCCCGGCCCUCAGGCCAGUGCCAGGACAGCUGGCUGCUGACAGGAUGUGGCACUGCUUGAGGAGGGGCACCUGCCACCGCCAGGGGAUGAGGAAGUGGGGGCCGCUGGCCCAGGGUAGGGGAGGGUGGGGCAAUGGGGAGAGGCAAAUGCAGUUUAUUGUAAUAUAUGGGAUUAGAUUCACCUAUGGAGGACAGAGUGGGCUGCCUGGGGAUUAGGAGGGACAGGGCUUGGGAAGCAGGUCUCCGGCAGAGAAGGAUGUCCGUUCCAGGAGCACACGGCCCUGCCCCAUCCUGGGCCUUACCUCCCCUGCCAGAGAUCCGGCGCUCUGGCUCCUGCCUUGAUGAAUCCCGUGUCCAGCCUUGAUGAAGCCUGUGCCACCUGCAAGUGCCUGCCCUGCCCCUGCCCCAACCCCCACCAAAGAGCCCUGAGCUCAGGCUGAGCCCAGCCACCUCCCAAGGACUUUCCAGUGAGGAAAUGGCAACAAGUGGAGGUGAAGUCCCUGUUCUCAGCUCCGUCAUCUGCGGGGCUUCUGGGUGGCUCCUGCCACUGACCUCACUGGCAUGCUGGCCUGUGGCAGGCCUAGGACCUCAGCGGGGAGGAGGAGCUGCCGCAAGGCCCUGUCCCAGCAGGAGAGGGAGACUUCCUGACUGACACACGCUAGCCCCAUCUUGGUCCUGUCACCCUGGCCCCAACUGUUAAAGUGCCAUUUCCUGUCCAAAAAAAAAAAAAAGAAAA